CUACUUAUCGACACCUAGGAAACACUGAAAUCAAUAGAAAAAUAAAUAAAAUUUAGAUUUUCCUUUUCAAGAUUUUUAUCGACUGGGAAAGGAAGUCGGUUUUGUGAGAGCAUUGGAAUAAGAAUAUAAAACACAGAAGAUAAGUGAAACAAUUGGAAAAGUUGAUUGCAAAUAAUAUAUUGACAUCUUGUCGAUAAUAAUGAGUGGUCCACUCCGGUCAACUGGUGCUAUUCCGAAAUCCAGUCAACUACCUCCACAUCCACGUCAAGCUAUUCUUCAGAAAAUAAUCAAUUCCAAAGCAAAUUCUGAAUAUAAAACCCGUCGAUUAUGGUACGAAUUAAAUCUUCCCGAAUGUACAAAGGACAUUUUUAAUGGCAAACGAUUGAGCAUGGAUGAAUCUGAGGUGAGACACACUCGAUGUAUGCAACCCAAGAGAAAACGAACUCAACGCAGUAAAAGCACAAAACAUCGAUCUUAUUUGCAAAUGCGUCAAGAUCGAGAGAGUUUUCGCGUGAAACUCGUUGAGUUAAUUGCCCGCAAAGAACAUGAAGUUGCAGAUAAAUCCAAUGCAUUUCCAAAUGCUGAAGAAAAAGAAAUUAUGCGAUAUUAUUAUUAUAUAAAACAUGGAAUCGAUACUAUUCAUGUAUCCCCAUUAAGCAUAGAAGUCUUAGCUCGCAUCAAAGGGAUGAUUCCUGAAUCUUUGCUAAGAUUCGAUUUGGAAAUGUCAGACAAUUUGGCACAAAUCAAAUCGGAUUAUAUUUUUGCUAUGAAAAAAGCUGUCAUAGAUUAUGUUUUAAGUAAUUCAUUGCAAUGCGAACAGAAAGAAAAGGAACAAAUAGAAUCAGUUGAGAGAAUCGAAGCUAAGGCAACGUUCAAUAGAUGGCGUUAUCGCUAUGAUGAAAACCGUUCAAAAAUAAAGAAAACCCUCUUUUCAAUACAUCGCUGUGUGGCUCACAUAAUGGCUCUUUGGACAACAAAGUUUAAUAAUAUUGCCUUUAUCGAUGUGAAUGAAUUAUCCGCUUAUGGCGAAGCUUUUGAACUCUUCGACUUUACUAACCAAUGUUCAACUCAAAUUGAGCAUACAAAAUUACUUCUAAAAGAGAAUUGGUAUGGAGAAAUUCAUAGCAUUCUUUUGCGUGGACAUAAAAGAAAUAUCCUUCCCGAUGUUAGAAAACCAAAGCUUUUGGCACGAUUUUAUAAUUGUGUGGGAGCUCUUAUGACUCAACAGCUUGAAGAUGUUUGUAUAAGAAGUUUAACUUUGUUUGCUGAUUUUAUGUGUGAUUAUGCAAAAUCAAAUCCAGGUCUUAAACUGGCUAUUCAGCUAGAGGAUCAAGAUACGCUUGUAUUUAGUCCGAGUUUUAGCAAAAUUAAAGAAGAAAUCAUGAGAAUCAUUGACAAUAUGAUAUUGGCCAUUCAACAAUUGCCUCGUGUCGAAAGUAAGCUCUAUACAGAUCUGAAGGUUUCGAAACAAACCUUCCUCCAGCCUGCCAUUCCUGAAUCGAUAAUUUUUACUGCUAAGCGGAAAAUUUGUGAUUUACUUGAAGAUCAACGCAUCGGACCUGAAUUGCGUUUACAGGACUUCGAUGAGUUUAUGAGCUUGAUGAAUGGUAUCGAUGCUGAUACUAUUGGUCGAUUCAUAGAAUCUGACCCACCAUUUGAAAGUUAUUGCAAGAAAUUGAUCUACUAUCGACAGUUAGAAGAUCGAAUUGCUAAGGAAAUAUGGGGCGUCAUUCGAAUGGGUUUGUAUGAGUUCCAUCGUGAGGGACUCAUAACAAAUUUGGAGAAAUUGGCAAGGUUUAUGCAGCAAGAACUUCUAACAACAAUGGUAAGUAAUCAGCAGUCGAAGAUUAGUAAGCUUGGGAAGGAAUAUGAGGCAAUAGCGAAGAAGGCUUUGACAGUUCCGGAGAAUACAGCAGAAUUGAUGAGUCUAAAGGCAUUUGUGGCUCAAACUGAAGAUCGAACGGCACCGGAAAUGGAACAAAGAUUGAAAGUUAACAUGGAUCACAUUCUUUGGCUCAUGGACAACAUGCUGUACACCCCAUUGGAAAUAAAGAACAACAGCAAUACUUUCCAAUGGUUUCUCCAACUGCCUUCGGUUUUCAAAAAACAUCGUGAAAUUAUUGCUGACAAAACAAUCGAAUAUCAAGAACUUCUCAAAAAGCGCAUAGAAGCGUUUCGACGUGAUUUACAAAACUACAACGAACAAGUUCAAGAUUAUGAAAACUGGGGUGACAUUAAGAGUCUGCUUAAGUACAAGAGACGUGCCACAGUGCUUGACAAUCGCUUGAUCGUUGCUAUGGACACAAUUGAUAAAAUCAAUGAAGAAGAAACAUCAUUCGGGUGGGAUUUGUCGCAAUAUCCAAUUCGAAAGAAAACCCAUGAUCAUUUGAUGCCAUUCAAGAAACUCUACGAUGCUGGUCAGGAAUUUAUGGAUAAACAUGAUUUGUGGAUGCAUUCACAGGUGGGAACCUAUGAUCCGGACGAUAUUGAUAAUGAAGUAUCGACAACUUAUCGAGUGAUUCAGAAGCUUGAUAAGCAGAUGAGUGAUAAACCACAAACUAUGCAGCUGGUCCAUGAGAUUAAAGAAGAAAUCGAUGCUUUUAAGCUUCACAUGCCGAUCAUAAGUACUCUUGGCAAUCCUGGAAUGAAGACCCGUCAUUGGGAAGAAGUCUCUGAAAUUAUUGGCUUCCCCAUAAAAGUCUCUCCCGAAUUGACGCUUGAAAAGAUUAUUGAAUAUCAGUUGGAGGACUAUUUACCUAAGUUUGAGACGAUUUCAGAAAGUGCCACCAAAGAAAACAAUCUCGAAAGGGCUAUGUGUAAAAUGGUUAAUGAAUGGGAAGAGAUGUCAUUCAGUGUGUCACCCUACCGAGAUUCUGGAACCUUCAAACUUGCUGCUAUUGAUGAUAUUCAGGUACUUUUGGACGAUCAAAUAAUAAAAACUCAAACAAUGAAGAGUUCACCAUACAUAAAGCCUUUUGAGGAAGAUCUUUUAAAAUGGGAAGCAAAGCUUAUGCUUCUCCAAGAUAUUCUCGAUGAUUGGUUAAGAGUUCAAGCCACUUGGAUGUAUUUAGAACCGAUAUUCUCUAGUCCUGAUAUUCAACAGCAAAUGCCAGAAGAAGGGCGAAGAUUUAGCGCUGUUGAUAAGAUAUGGAAAGAUCUAAUGAAAAUUGUAGCCGCUGAUCCUCGAGUGAUGUCUGUUGUGGAAAUUGAGAAAAUGUCCGAAAAGCUUAAGAAGGCUUUCAAUCUUCUAGAAGUCAUUCAAAAAGGACUUAAUGCGUACCUUGAGAAAAAACGUCUCUACUUCCCUCGGUUCUUCUUCCUAUCGAACGAUGAACUUUUGGAAAUUCUUUCUGAAACCAAAGAUCCCACUAGAGUUCAACCACAUCUUAAGAAAUGUUUCGAAGGCAUUGCUACUCUUAAUUUCACAGAAGCUCUAGAAGUUACAAUGAUGCGUUCAUCAGAGAAAGAAGAAGUUCAACUGGUUGAGGUUAUAUCAACAGCAAAAGCUCGAGGUCAAGUGGAGAGAUGGCUGCUGGAACUUGAGAUUUUCAUGAAGAAAAGUAUACAUUUCAAAAUUCGACAAGCUUUUGAAAGCUAUCCGAGUACUCAGCGUGAUAAAUGGGUUCUAAUAUGGCCUGGACAGACAGUUCAGUCGAUUUCGUUGACCUAUUGGACAGCUGAGAUAACAGAGUGUUUCUUCACCGAAAAUCCAGUUGAUAGUUUGGCUAAAUAUUUGGAAGUUUGCAAGGCUCAGAUCAUGCGUAUUGUGGAUCUCGUUCGUGGAGAUCUCAGUCUUCAGAAUCGAAUAACGCUUGGAGCUUUAGUUGUGUUGGACGUCCAUGCUCGAGAUGUGCUAGCCGAAAUUUGUGAGAAAGAAGUCUCCGAGCUGAAUGACUUCCAGUGGCUUUGUCAAUUGAGAUAUUAUUGGGAAGAUGACAAUUUAGAUACUCGAAUGAUAAAUUGUAGUUUGAAAUAUGGGUACGAAUAUCUGGGCAACACAACUCGAUUGGUUGUCACCCCAUUGACAGACCGUUGCUACCGGACUCUAUUUAGUGCCUUGCAUUUACAUCUUGGUGGAGCACCAGAAGGUCCAGCCGGAACUGGAAAGACUGAAACGACUAAGGAUUUAGCAAAGGCGGUUGCUAAACAAUGUGUUGUUUUCAAUUGUUCCGACGGAUUAGAUUAUUUGGCUCUGGGGAAGUUUUUCAAAGGAUUGGCCUCGUGCGGAGCGUGGUCGUGCUUUGAUGAGUUCAAUCGAAUUGAUCUGGAGGUACUUUCGGUUGUAGCUCAACAGAUAUUGACAAUUCAACGAGGAAUAAAUUCAGGCCAACCAACUAUGGUCUUUGAAGGAACUACUCUUAAGCUCGAUCCAACUUGUGCUGUCUUUAUCACCAUGAAUCCAGGUUAUGCUGGUCGUUCAGAAUUGCCUGAUAACUUAAAGGCUCUUUUCCGAUCAGUAGCCAUGAUGGUUCCGGACUAUGCUUUGAUUGCCGAAAUCGAGCUCUAUUCGUAUGGCUUCCUGAGUGCUAAACCAUUGGCUGUGAAGAUCGUAGCAACCUACAGACUGUGUUCGGAACAAUUAAGUACGCAAUCGCAUUAUGAUUAUGGCAUGCGAGCUGUUAAAUCGGUCUUAAAAGCUGCUGGUGCUCUAAAGCUUCGUUAUCGUGAUGAAAAUGAAGAUAUUCUAGUGUUGAGAUCGAUCAAAGAUGUUAAUCUUCCUAAAUUCUUGAAUCAAGACGUCCCUCUGUUUCAAGGCAUCACCUCGGAUUUAUUUCCAGGAGUUAAACUACCGGAAUCGGAUUAUGUACUUUUUAAUGAGUGUGUGAAGAAGGCUUGUGAGAAGAAUAACAAACAAUGUACGGAAUUCUUCUUGGAAAAAGUUCAGCAACUCUAUGAAAUGAUUGUUGUUCGUCAUGGCCUGAUGAUAGUUGGUCUUCCAUUUGGAGGGAAAACAACUUCGUAUAGAAUACUUGCCGAAGCUCUACGUUACAUGGAAGAAAUUGAUGGUAGCGAAAAUGGAGCAAUUUACACCGUCAUGAAUCCCAAAGCCGUAACAAUGGGUCAGCUCUAUGGACAAUUUGAUAUGGUCUCCCAUGAAUGGAGCGAUGGUAUUCUAGCUGUAAGCUACCGAGAAUUCGCAGUUUCAGUGACACCCGAUAGAAAAUGGUUGAUAUUUGAUGGACCGGUUGAUGCAAUUUGGAUAGAAAACAUGAAUACUGUCCUGGAUGACAACAAAAAGCUAUGUCUCAUGUCUGGAGAGAUUAUCCAGCUUGCUCCAACAACGAAUCUAAUAUUCGAACCAAUGGACCUAGAGGUGGCCUCACCAGCAACUGUGUCUCGCUGCGGAAUGAUUUACAUGGAACCAAAUUCUCUUGGUUGGGAGCCUUUGGUUACCUCAUGGAAGAACACUCUGCCAGCUGCGUUCCACGCUGUCAGCAAACAGCUUAUAUCGAUGUUAUUUUCAAGAUUUUGUCCGAUAUUGUUGUGGCUUGUUCGUAAGGGUGGUCUCCGGGAGAUUUCUGCAACUUCAGAUGCUAAUUUGAUAAACUCCUUGAUGAAUAUUUUCGACUGUUACAUGGACGAUUUUUCGGACGAGCAAUAUGUGCAAAGUUUGUCCGAUCUAGAUGUACGAGCACAGAUCGAAGGAGUGUUCUUCUUCUCGUGCAUUUGGUCAAUAGGAGGAGCUUUGGACUCAGCAAGUCGAGAUAAAUUUUCCAUUGUCUUUCGAGGCUUAAUGGAAAAGAUCUUCCCGGUUAGUGUGUAUGGAACUUUCUCUAUUCCAGACGAGUUGCAGGUGCCAGCCCUGACAAAACCUUUUAUAUUUCCCAUACCAAAGCCGGGAAGUGUUUUUGACUACCGAUUCAUCAAGGAGGGCAAAGGCAAGUGGAAGCCUUGGGAAGACGAAGUGGCUGCUGCUGCUCCCAUUCCUCGAGACAUGCCAGUCAAUCAAAUAAUAAUUACCACAAGUGAAACUGUUCGGGUGGCGGCAAUUUUGGACCUACUGAUACGACAUGGAAAACCUCUGAUGCUGGUGGGAAAUACUGGAACUGGCAAGAGUUGCUACGCAAUUGAUUAUCUGCUGAAAAAGGCAGACACUGAGGUGUAUAAAGCUUUGUUUAUAAAUUUCUCAGCCCAGACCUCAGCCAAUCAGACACAGGAUAUCAUUAUGGCUAAAUUAGAUAAACGAAGAAAAGGUGUCUUCGGUCCUCCAUUGAACAAGAAGUGUGUUGUUUUUGUCGAUGAUGUUUCGAUGCCUCUCAAGGAAACGUAUGGAGCUCAACCGCCAAUAGAACUUCUCCGAAUGAUGCUCGAUCAUUGGAUGUGGUAUGAUCGCAAAAACAUUGUACCACUCAAGCUGAUUGAUAUCCAAAUGGUGUGUGCCAUGGGACCCCCUUCGUCGGGAAACACUGUUACACCCCGGUUUCAACGGCACUUCAACGUUCUGGGAAUAGAUGAAUUCAGUGAUUCAAUCUUAAAAGUCAUUUUUGGCAAAAUAGUUCUGUGGCAUUUGGAUACGAGAGGUUUUUCAAAAGAAUUUGAUCCAUGCAUCGAUGAGAUUGUCAAUGCCACUUUGGAUGUAUACAACAAGGCCAAGCUGAAUCUUUUGCCUACACCAGCAAAGUCACAUUAUCUUUUUAACUUGAGAGACUUUUCGCGAGUGAUUCAGGGGGUCUUACUUUCUGUGCCAGAAGCCACCGAGGAUCUAAACUCGAUGCGGAGGCUUUGGGUUCAUGAAGUUCUGCGGGUGUAUGGAGAUCGUUUGGUCGACGAUAUCGACCGGUCAUGGCUUUUUAGUUGCGUGUGCGAACAAAUGGAGGUUCACCUCAAGUCCAAGCCGGUGGAACUAUUCUCAAGAUUCAUUGAAAAAAAACGUGACUUGGAAGAGAAUGACUUACGAAAAUUGAUGUAUUGUGACUUUACCAAUCCCAAAGCCGAUACCAAGAACUAUGUAGAAGUUGAAGAUCCCGAAGAGCUACGCUCUAUUGUCGAGACUUAUCUUGUGGAAUUCAAUAAUAUGUCGAAGAAACCAAUGGACUUGGUAUUGUUUCGUUUUGCCAUCGAGCAUUUAUCUAGAAUUUGUCGGAUUAUAAAACAACCUCGUAGUCAUGCCUUGUUAAUAGGAGUAGGUGGAUCUGGACGGCAGAGUUUGACCCGCUUGGCAUCGCAUAUUUGUGACUACGAAUUGUUCCAGGUCGAGAUCACUCGACAAUACGGACCAAACGAAUGGCAUGAAGAUAUCAAAUUAAUAUUGAAGAAAAUCAGUGCUUCAGAUUUACAUGGAGUGUUUCUGUUUACAGAUGUUCAAAUAAAAGACGAAUCAUUCCUUGAAGAUGUGAAUAAUCUUCUUAAUUCUGGUGAAGUUCCAAAUCUCUUUACAAACGAAGAAAAAAUAGAAAUCUGUGAAAAAAUGCGCCAAAUUGACAAACAACGUGAUAAAGCUGUUCAGACUGACGGAAGUCUUGUAGCACUUUUUAACUUUUUCGUUCAGGUUUGCAAAGAUCAACUUCAUAUCGUCCUCUCGAUGUCUCCGAUAGGGGAAGCUUUACGAGUUCGUGUUCGAAAGUUCCCAUCGAUUGUCAAUUGUUGUACUAUUGAUUGGUUCCAACCCUGGCCUGCAGAUGCACUCUUGGCUGUUUCGACUCGUUUCUUAGCGAAAGAAGAACUAACCGAUUUGGAACGUAAGGCCGCUAUAGACAUGUGCAUGGAUUUUCAUACUUCAACACAAAUAUUAUCAGAAAAGUUUUACUUGAGAUUGAAACGUUACAAUUAUGUAACACCUACAUCAUACUUGGAAUUGAUUCAGACUUUUAAGGGCUUGUUGGGAGCUAAGAGAAGGACAAUCACUACGAAUCGAAGUCGAUAUCUAACAGGAAUAUCACAAUUGGACAUUGCAUCGCAGCAAGUCGGUGUUAUGAGUGAAACAUUAUUGGCUUUGGAACCAAAAUUAAAAGUUGCUUCAGAAACUGUCGCUGAACAAGUGGCCAAAGUUCAGAAAGACAGUGAAGCCGCUGCAAGUCAACGUGAACUAGUCAAACAAGACGAAGCAGUUGCCUCUGAACAAGCAGCCAAAGCUCAGGCAAUCAAAGACGACUGUGAUGUUAGACUUGCUGAAGCUUUACCAAUUCUUAACUCAGCCUUAGCAGCCUUGAAUACUUUAACAACCGCCGAUAUUGCUGUUGUCAAAACAAUGAAAAGUCCACCAAUCGGUGUGCGAAUUGUCAUGGAAGCUGUAUGCAUUUUGAAAGAUGUCAAACCCGAUCGUGUCGCUAAUCCCUCCGGGGUUGGCAUGAUCGAAGACUACUGGGGUCCAUCGAAGAGAGUGCUUGGUGACAUAAAGUUUCUCGAUAGUUUGCUAAAUUUCGACAAGGACAAUAUUCCACCGGCGAUCAUCAAGAAAUUGCAAGAUCGAAUUUUGACAAAUGAAAACUUUGAUCCAGAUAAAAUUAAGUCGGCUUCGACGGCCUGUGAGGGGUUGUGUCGAUGGGUGAUUGCUUUGACGAAGUAUGAUGUGGUAGCCAAGGUUAUCGCUCCGAAGAAGAUUGCUCUUGCUGCAGCUGAAGCUGAAUAUAAUGCCGCACAAAAACUACUCGCAGAGAAGCUUGCCCAACUUGCUCGUGUCGAGGCUAGUCUGGCGGAAAUACAAAAAAUGCUCGAUGAACAACUGCGCCAAUUUAAGAGCCUUCAACUCGAACAUGAAUUGGUAACAAAAAAACUUAAUCGUGCACAGGAACUCAUUAGCGGAUUGGGUGGUGAGCGCACCCGCUGGUUGGAGGCAGCAAGGAUACUAGAUGAAACGUACCACACCUUGACCGGGGACGUGCUCAUUGCUUCCGGUGUUGUCGCGUAUCUGGGGCCAUUCACCAUCGAUUUCCGUGUCAGUCAGAUCCGGAAAUGGGUAACGAAAUGCACUUCGUUUGGCAUCGUCUGCAGCCAGGACUUUCAAUUACAACAAGUGCUGGGGGAUGCUGUGGAAGUUCGCGCUUGGAACAUCUGUGGCCUCCCAAGUGAUUCGUUUUCCAUUGAAAGCGCUAUUAUAAUGAGAAACUCUCGUCGUUGGCCACUUAUGAUUGAUCCUCAGGGUCAAGCUAAUAAAUGGGUGAAAAACAUGGAGAAAGGCAACAAACUGUGCGUUAUUCGUCUAAAUCAACCUGAUUACACUCGAAUUCUAGAAAACGCCAUACAAUUCGGUCUGCCAGUUCUGCUAGAAAACAUUAACGAAGACUUGGAUCCUUUGCUUGAGUCAAUUUUGCUGAAACAACUCUUUAAACAAGGUGGAGCUUUGUGCAUUAAGCUUGGAGAUUCAAUCAUUGAAUACAAUCAUGAAUUUAAAUUCUAUAUAACAACAAAAUUACGAAACCCCCAUUAUCUACCUGAAGUUGCCGUCAAGGUGACACUUUUAAACUUCAUGAUAACAACACAGGGUCUGCAGGAUCAAAUUCUAGCCAUCACUGUAGCCCGCGAACGUCCAGAUUUGGAAGCGGAAAAAAAUACCCUUAUCAUUCAGAGCGCCGAGAACAAACGAACCCUUAAGGAGACCGAAAAUAAAAUCCUAGAAGUCCUCUCAACGGCAGAAAAUAUUCUAGAGGAUGAGACCGCAGUGCAAGUGCUUAGUUCCUCCAAAACAUUGGCAAACGAAAUCAACGAGAAACAAGCCAUCACCGAAGUCACAGAGAAACAAAUCGACAUUGCACGCUUGGGUUAUACACCCAUAGCAGCUCAUUCCACAAUUCUAUUUUUUACCAUUGCCGAACUGGCAAAUAUCGAUCCGAUGUAUCAGUACAGUCUCGCUUGGUUCGUGGGGCUAUACACGGCGUCGAUUGACAACACGGACAAAGUGGACGAUGUGACAGAAAGGAUGGCGGAUUUGCGGAAGCACUUUACCUACAGCUUGUACGUCAACAUCUGCCGCAGUCUGUUCGAGAGGGAUAAGCUACUUUUUUCGCUGAUUUUGAAUAUAAACCUUCUAAAGUCCGAGGGUGAAAUCGAUAAUUCUGAAUGGAUGUUCCUGUUGACUGGUGGCGUCGGUCUCGAUAAUCCUUUGGCAAAUCCAGCUAAAUGGCUUCCGGCCAAAUCAUGGGAUGAGAUUUGUCGACUCACAAAUACUUCAACCAAUUUCAAAGGAAUUCGCGAACAUAUACAGGCUAAUAUUAGCCAAUGGAAGAGUUUCUUUGAUGCAGAAAAUCCACAGGAUGCUACCAUUCCACAGCCAUGGAAUGAAAAAUUGACGACGUUUCAAAAACUUCUCGUUUUGAGGGUAUUCCGUUCCGAUAAAUUGGUUCCGGCUGUAUUGAAUUUUGUUUUAGAAAAAAUGGGCCGCCAAUUCGUAGAACCUCCUCAGUUCGACUUGCAAGCCUCAUUUAGUGACUCACAUUGCUGCAUACCGUUGAUAUUCAUUUUGACACCAGGAGCCGAUCCCACAGCGACACUUCUCAAAUUCGCCGAUGAUCAAGGUUUUGGAUCGAAUCGACUGUUUUCCUUAUCACUCGGUCAAGGACAGGGUCCCAUUGCCGUGAAACUAAUCGACGAUGGAACUAAAUUUGGCAACUGGGUUGUUCUACAGAAUUGUCAUUUGGCCAAGAGUUUUAUGCCAAUUCUUGAGAAAACUUGUGAAACCCUACUCCCCGAUCACACACACCCUGAUUUCCGUUUGUGGCUCACAUCAUAUCCGGCUGAUCAUUUUCCAGUUGUGGUGCUACAGAAUGGGAUCAAAAUGACAAAUGAACCACCGAAAGGAUUGCGCUCGAAUAUAAUUCGUUCGUUUUUAACUGACCCCAUUAACGAUCCCGAAUGGUUUGAGAACUGCAAACAACCAACAACUUUCAAAAGGCUCAUCUAUUCGUUGUGUUUCUUCCAUGCGGUGAUUCAAGAACGAAGAUACUUUGGACCGAUUGGCUGGAAUAUUCCCUAUGAAUUCAAUGAGACCGAUUUACGGAUCAGUUUAAUGCAACUGCGAAUGUUCUUGGAUCAAUAUGUUGGGGUGAACUAUGAGGCGCUACGUUAUUUGACAGGCGAAUGUAAUUAUGGUGGUCGUGUGACAGAUGAUUGGGAUAGACGUACACUCAAAACUACAUUAGAUCGAUUCUAUUGUCCGGAAAUGUUUGAUGAGGAGAAAAUGUAUUAUUUGGACGAUUCGGAGGUGUAUUAUGUGCCGGAGUUUAGGGAAAAUGAGGCAUAUGUGAGUUUCACUAAACAGCUGCCAUUGAUAGCAAAACCAGCAGUGUUUGGUUUCCACCCGAAUGCGGAUAUUAUGAAGGAUCAAAAUGAAACAGAUGAACUAUUAGCACAUACGCUUUUAACGCAGGACACAACUACUGGAGGCGGUGGCGGUGGUGAAGGCAAUGAUGGUGCCGCAACAACACCUGAAGAACUGGUAAUUAAUGUUGCCUCAGAUAUUCUAAUGAAGCUUCCCGAAGACUUUGAUCGCGAUGCUGCGUUAGCUAAAUACCCAACGAGCUAUCAUCAGAGCAUGAAUACAGUCUUGGUGCAGGAAAUGGUGCGCUUUAAUGUUUUACUCGGAACCAUUCGCACCAGUUUGAUAACUUUGAAGAAAGCCAUUAAGGGUCUUGUUGUUAUGUCGGCACAAAUUGAAGAAGUCUACAAGUCUGUUUUGAUUGGAAAGAUUCCCAAGAUGUGGGCAGCUAAAUCCUAUCCCAGCCUAAAGCCCCUCGGAAGUUAUGUGCAGGAUUUUAUUCAACGUUUGGAAUUCCUUCAGACAUGGUUUGAAAAAGGUCCACCACCAACAUUCUGGCUAUCAGGAUUCUAUUUCACGCAAGCCUUUCUAACGGGAGCACAACAAAACUUCGCCCGAAAGUAUGUCAUUCCCAUCGAUUUAUUAGUCUUUGACUACGAAGUUCUAAACGAUGUCGAGGGCGAUGGAGGACCGUCUAUUGAGGCCCCACAGGAUGGAGUCUAUGUGCAUGGAAUAUUCUUAGAAGGUGCUCGUUGGGAUCGCCAGAAUGGAUACUUGACAGAAUCACGCCCAAGGGAGUUGUUUGAUAGUGUGCCGCUGAUUUGGAUGCGUCCGUGUAAACGGGACGAUCUGAAGGACAGGCACACAUAUUUGUGUCCGUUGUACAAGACAGCCGAACGUCGUGGCAUAUUAUCCACAACAGGACAUAGUACGAACUUUGUGGUGGCCAUGUUGAUGGAGUGUAAUCCCAAAACACCCACGUCCCACUGGAUUAUACGUGGGACAGCUCUACUCUGCCAAUUAAGCUUUUAGGGUUCUCAUUCCUGGAAUAUGAACAGGAACAGAAACAGGAGAAAGAGAGCUACUUGAGUAUAUCCAUUCUUUUCGGUACCUUCUUAUAUGUUUGAAGGGUGUAUUAGUAAUAAAGGGAUGUUUUAUAUUUUAAUAAAAACAAAACGAAACAAAACAAAAAGACCUGAUGGCGUUUUGUGUUAUUGGAUUAUGUGUGGCGGAAGACGUGAAAAAGGAAAAGAACUUGAUUUCAAAGACGAUUGGUAUUCAAUUUGCAUUGCAAAUUGUGUCGAACAAACACCACCGUGAGGUGUGAUGGAAUUGGAAUCGUUAUUGGGAUGGUGUAAAUAAAAUGAGACUUUUGGGAAUAAUUUUGGUAGAGGCAAUAAGGAAGUGCCUAUGAAUAUAUGAAUAAAGAAAACCAUAGCAACAACUGUUAAGAAAGAUCUACAUAAAAUUCUAACGUCGUAAAAACCA